AUGAAUGUCAGAGAUACCGAGUUGAACAAUUCUCAUUUACCGAGCGAGGAAGAAAUAGAAGAGACGGCAAAAUCACGUUUUGGCGGCUUAGUUGGUAUUUACAAGGUUGCACCCGCAGAGGACAGAAAGUUGCUGUGCAUCAGCGGCAUGUUCUUCCUUAUAGUGUACAUUUACUCUGUGUCCAAGGACUUGAAGGACGCGUUCGUGAUUGGUCGGCAGGUUGCUGCCAGCAUAUCCGUGCUCAAGGUGUUUUGGGUGCCGCCCAUUGCCACGUGCUUCUCGCUGCUGGUACAGAAAAUGUCUGUGAGGAUGAAAAACGAAACAAUUUUGAAGGUGUUCCUGUACGGAUACAUCGUGUACUUCGUGCUCUACGCGGUUGCCCUCCCCUUCCGGGACUGGCUGGAGCCGAGUAAGUUUAUCACUGUUGAUCUUCUCAGCGAUGACAAAAUGAAGUACAAGGACUUCCUUGCAUUUGCAGCAUCAAUCAUGACGUUUACCUCGUACACGGCAACUCUGCAUUUCGUAGCAAGCGAGGUGUGGGGCACAAUCGUGCUGAGCCUGCUGUUCAUGCAGUUAUUUAACGAAAUGUGCUCUGAGAAGCAGUUCAAACGAUUUGUGCCGGUGGUGUACUUCAUUUCGAAUGCGGGCCUGCUCUUAAGCUCAGCCACAUCGUUUAGCAUGCACAAAAUCACCAACAUUCUGGAGUUUCAUCACCGCUGCUAUUUCUACAUGGCAGUGUUCAUCCUGCUCGGGUCUGGUACUGCCGGUUUGCUUUUCGUGCAGCGCUAUCUAACGAACCGUGUUCUUCCCGUGCCGAUCUGCAGGGACUCGGAGACAAAGCAUAAGGUGCGCUCCAAAGCGACAGUAGGCUUUGUCGAGGGACUCAAGCUCGUCUUUAGCACAAGUGUAAUCAUAGCACUGUGCACGAUGGUGCUUGGAUACAACGUCAUCAUCAUUAUGAACGAGUCAUCGUACAAGAGCUGUCAGAGCGAGCUGGCAAAGAGGGAGAAGAGGAGCACAGAGUCAUCCGUACUUGCGAACAAAUGUUUGGAAGAAGUCGUGACCGCUGUUCUUGUCAUGUUGUUCUUCCUGCUUCCCACAAGAGAAGCCAUCAAGUGGAUCGGCUGGACAAAAUACGCAAUGAUCACACCGAUCGGUGCAUGUGCCACAUGUGUAACCGUUCUGGGCCUUGCCAUGAUCGCGACCGGUCUGUACGGCGAGAAUAUGUCGCCCAUAAAUGCAUUCAUGAGCAGGACGUUCUCAAACAAGGACGAGAACGCGCGCAAAAUUAUGCACUGGGAAGAGUACUGCGGUGUGCUGAGCACAGCAGGGAUGAAGGUGCUCAAAUACGUUGCGUUUGAUAUCUCCAAGGAGUAUUUUGCGAAGCGAAUCGAUAUCGCGUACCGUGCACGUUUCCGAGCUGUGUAUGACGGCAUAUGUGCCAGGAUGGGAAAGGCUGUCGGCUCAAUACUUCAGCUGAUAUUCAACCAGAUCUUCAACACGCUAGACAUACGUACGUCUUCUUUCCCGUACCUUAUCCUUGCGCUCGUGAUUCUCAGCGUUUGGGUGCUCUCGGUGGUCUAUCUUGGUAAGAAAUACAAUAAGAGUGUUGAAAUGGACGAUUGGGUGGAUAUGAAAUUCAAGGAAAAGAGCAAAUAAAUCGUAAUGAAAG